AUGCCACGGAUUGUGGAAUGUGUACCAAAUUUUUCUGAAGGCAGAAAUAAGGAGGUAAUUGAAGCAAUAGCUAGUGCCAUAGCCUCUACCGAAGGAUGUAGUCUGUUAGAUGUAGAUCCUGGUAUAUCAACUAAUCGUACAGUAUAUACAUUUGUUGGUAGUCCAGGAGCUGUAAUAGAAGGAGCCCUGAAUGCAGCUAGAGCUGGUUAUCAUUUGAUUGAUAUGAGACAACAUCAAGGUGAACAUCCUCGUAUGGGUGCUCUAGAUGUAUGUCCAUUUAUACCAGUUCAGGAUGUGAGUAUGGAGGAAUGUGUUGAAUGUGCUAAGGAGUUUGGUGAUAGAUUAACUACAGAAUUAGGAGUCCCUUUAUAUCUAUAUGGUGAAGCUGCUAAAGACAAUGCUGAACAUAGACAAUCUUUACCUCAAGUUAGAGCUGGGGAAUAUGAAGGGCUACCAGAAAAGCUACGCCAAGACAUGUGGAAACCUGAUUUUGGAUCAGCAGAGUUUGUGCCAUCAUGGGGAGCCACUGCUGUUGGUGCCAGAAAGUUUUUGAUAGCCUACAAUGUUAAUUUAUUAGCAACUAAAGAACAGGCUCACAGAAUAGCUCUUAAUUUACGAGAACAGGGUCGCAGUAAAGAGGAGCCAGGUAGAUUAAAGAAGCUACAAGCUAUUGGAUGGUAUAUGGAAGAAGCUAACUUAGCUCAAGUAUCAAUGAAUCUACAAGAUCAUGAAGUUACACCUUUACAUGUAGCUUAUGAAGAAUGUUGUAAAGAUGCUGAGGAGUUAAAUCUAGCUACAGUAGGUAGUCAGAUUGUAGGACUAGUACCACUACAGGCUAUGUUAGUUACAGCUCAAUAUUUUAUUGAUAAAGAAAAACUCUUUAUUCUAGAAGAGGAUCAAAAACUUAGGCUGGUAAUAAUGAGACUGGGGUUAAAUUCUAUUGGUAGUUUUAACCCUAAAGAGAGAAUUAUAGAAUAUAUGGUACAGAAUGAUACUGAUGGACCACUAGUCAGUAUGGAGGUUAAAGAUUUUAUAUUAACUGUGGGGUCAAGGUCACCAACACCAGGUGGAGGUUCUGUAGCGGCCAUGUCUGCUGCUCUGGGAGCAGCAUUAGGUGCUAUGGUAGGAUUCCUGACUUAUGGUAAUAAAAAAUUUGCUGAUCUGGACAGUAAAAUGAGAAAACUAAUCCCUCCAUUAUAUAAAGGAAUGAAAGAUUUAUCUCCCUUUAUUGAUGCAGACGCAGCAGCAUUUAGUGAAUAUAUGUUAGCAUUAAAAUUACCACAUACAAAUGAAGAAGAAAAGAAAGUAAGACAGACGGCUCUACAACAAGGAUUAAGUACAGCUGUUAAAGUACCACUCUGUGUAGCUAAAAUUGUGACAUCACUAUGGCAACCAUUAAAAGAAUUAGCUGAGAUUGGUAACAUCAACUGUAAAUCAGAUUUACAGGUUGGUGUGAGACAAUUAGAAACUGCUGUUUGGGGAACCUAUUAUAAUAUAGCUACUAAUAUGGCAGAAAUCACAGAUGAAGACUUUAAAGCAAAGACUCAAGCUGAAAUUGAUGAAGCUUUAAAAAUAGCUCAAGAAAACUGUGCGGCAAUUUUGAAGAUACUGGAUGAAAGAGCAUAA